UUUCGUUUUUAUUACUUAUUGUCACUUUCACAUUCGUCUUAUGUUAGUGUUUGUUAAAGUCAUUUGUAAUUCUUUAUUAAUCAGUGUCCUAGUAUUCGUAUUUUGUAUCUCUGCUUUUGGAAAUGUCUGGCUGCGCCACAGUAGCGCGCGCGGUAACCGGUUGCUUGAACUGAGAGGCGGGAAAAGGAGGCGCGCGAGGACGUGUACAUCGAGUGUCAAAAAAACUUGAGGCGAGAAGGAAAUAAGUUUAAUCGACCUUAUUUAUUGAUAUCUUUGUACAUAAACGUUAAAACUUGUAAGCGAAACCUCUUAUCUAGUCAACGUCACAUAAACGUGACACAUGUGCAGCCAUUUGGAUUUUUUAGAAAGAAAAUUUUGAUAGAUUUGGCAGUCUUGCCAUCUCGGUAGCUGUAUAUAAUAUGCCCGUGUUAUUACCAAACCUGUAGCUGACAUGAUAUCUGAAAUUUGGCUUGGGCGGAAAUAUUCGUACAUUGAUUGUGAGUGCUCUGCAAUCCGUGAUGAAAAGGAGGAUGGACACUUUGGCCACGAAGAAGGAAAUAAUAUGUGCUGCGAAGACAGACCUGAACUUGCUGCUUGAGUGUCUUAAAUUCCAGAUGAACUGUCCAGAUUCACAGAAACAGGCUCUGCUCACUAUAUCCUCCAUCUGCCAACAGAAAGAGGAGAUCUUUGAAUAUUUCCAGGAGAUAGGCGGCGUUCAGUUUGUUUAUAACCUUUCCCAGUCCAGCAAACACUCUGGCGUGAAGGAAGCAUCCUUGUUCAUGCUGGGAGCCCUAGCAGAGAGCAGUGUGUUUUGCCAGCAAGCACUGUGCAGGGCUAGCAUUUUUGCGGACUUGGCCCAUUUGCUUGUUCAGGACCUCACACUGAGUUUCAAAGCAACAGUCGUAUACAUGGUAUCUGCACUGGUUGCCAGCAACAGACUGGGCCAGACACUUGCGAGGCAUUCAGGCUGUGUCAGUGCCCUCCUAAGGCUAUUCAGUACAAGUUUUCCCAGCACCAGUGACUGUGAGAAACCAAGGAUGGCGUCUCAGCUGUAUCAGCUGUGGGCUUCGUUAUCAAGUGCCAUUUGUGGCUGUGUCAAUAACCCACAGAAUGAAGAGAACCAGCAAAUGUGUAUGUCCAUCUUUCCUGUCAUAAAACUGUGGCUGCAGAACUUUGGACAAUCAAGGAAUGAUGUGAUACAACCUAUCUGUUCUUUCAUAACAAUGGCCGUUGCCAGUCACUCUAUUGCUCAGGACUAUUUUGCCUCAGUAGGGGGUCUGAGCAUGCUAGCCCAAUGUGUGGCAAGGCUAGCCAUUGAGUCUAGCAUAGAACGCUCUGCAUUCAAGGCAGCCAUCACCAUGACCAGGGCUCUGUGCGCGUGUUUAGGGGACAAUGCUCCUCUAGCUGCAGGCUUGGCUGAGCAUCACCUGGUGUCCAGUCUCCUCAUGUUGCUCUCAUGCCCCACCGUGAGCACAGCUGACCAGCUUUGCAUCAUACUCACACUGAGCCACUGCACCGAAGCUAGUGAGGUCCAUCAGCAGCACCUCCUGCAGGGAGGUGGUCUGUCCAAAAUGAUCAACCUGCUGGCUGAGUCCCAGGAUGAGGAACUGAAAAGGGCUGUCAUCUUUGUGCUCCACACCUGUGAGCAGAAGAUCAAGACCUUAGGUGUGGCCAGUGAAAGCAGCCCUUCCUGUUAUGAGCCCAUCAACUUCCGAACCUCCUCCGAACCCCAGCAGCAUUUUGCACCUUCCUGCAACAUGGAAAGUUACUGGAGUUUUUCAAAUGAAAUGCUUCAGAGGAUAAACCGGCUGGAGAGAGCGCUGGCUGGGGACUUCCAGGGAAGUAUUGGUGAGGAGGAGAGGAACCUGGCAAAUUCCACAGAUAAGAGGUAUGAUCCUGCACAGUACAGGGUGGCCAGAGACAUGGGAGAGGGAGAUCUGCUGCUACUGUCACCUCCUGUGAAUUCAAGUGCUCAGUUCUGGGAAGGCACUCCGUGCCGAAAAGUGGUAGGCCGGCACGAGGCUUGGAGGAACAGCCAGAAAUGGAGUGUAAGCUCUUUCAAGCACUGUGAACUGACCAAGGACAAGCCAGUUCCUUCUGAAAUUAGACUGAGUGGGGACAGCCAUAGAAUCCAGGACCAUUGUGAAGAUAAUGCGUGUUCUGCUAGGAGAUGCAUAUUCCAGACUGCUACUGAGCUGGGAAAAGUGAUAUCACCAUGUGGAGAAAAAGAUGGAGAUGGGGUUGGGCUAUUGCUACACAAGCCAGACCAAGCUGGUUGCAGCUCCACCUCCAGACCACAAGGGAAUUCCAACAAACAGGAUGGCAUCACCUGUUCCAUCUACAGAGCAACCAAAGCCUUGACCCUCCAAGAUACAAGAACUACUAGAGAUCCAGAACUAGCAAGUGCUCCAGCUACCAGAGCCGUGAGAUGUGGUUUUCCUGCUCAUUCUUGGAAAAGAAUUAACAGCGAACUCAAUAGUUUACCGAAAACUUCAGCAAAACUGAAAUCACGGAUCUCCUUUAGAUGCUCAGGCUGUACAGUGGGCCUGUCCCCAAUAAACAGCAGGAACAUUUCUCGGAUCCUCCGCUCCUGCCAGCACAAGUGUGACAGACACACGGUCCUGAUGGAGGCAGAGGACCGCUUCAGAAGAGCUGGCCAGAAAGUGAUCAGGGAAGAGUGGAGUGCUUCCAAGGACUGUAGAUGGAUAUCUUUGACUCCUGUUAAGAGACCUCAGAAAACUGAAGACAGCAGACCUUACCAGAGUGAAGAAGUUUAUGUCAAAAAAGAAAAGGAAAGCGAGCGUGAGGAUGGCUUCUUGUUGCAUAACCCUAAAUCCAGUGUGGUCCAACGUAGAGAGAGGAAGAACUUUACACAGGAAGAAGUUCAGUACUUACUAGAUGGAGUGAGGAAACUGGGACCAUCUUGGAACUGCAUACUGUGGUCUUACCCUUUCCAGACCGGCCGAACUAACGUGGAUUUGGCAAAGAAGUACCACCGCUUACAGAGCAUUGCGGUUUGA